AUGACUGAAAAGGUGGAACAGAAAGGCCUUGCUAGUAAGCUAGACAAGAAGCGCAAGAGACAAGCAGAAGAAUCUACCAAGCAAGACAAACCGGACCCAGCUCCCACCGCAACGCCAGCCGCUUCAGCCGAUGCCUCCAAUAAGAAGAAGCGCAAGAAGGGAAAGCAGGGCAAUAACCAGUCCGAACAAACCGUGAUCAGCCAAGAUUGCAAGGAUGGAAUCGAUGAGUCAAUUGGCAAAAUGGAUGGGAGGCUCCUUGCCGAUUAUUUUGCUCAACGAGCGCAGAAACUUGACAAGGAAUUAUCCGCGGUGGAGUUGAAUGAUCUUUCCGUCUCUGACUCUACUUUCCUCGAUACAUCCUCCUUCUCUGAACCUCGAUCACUUGAUAACCUCCCUCAAUUCCUACAAAAAUAUCGCUCCAAGGGCACCGAUCUUUCAAAAUCUCCCGAUCUGAAUGGCACACCCCACACACUAGUCAUUACCGGUGCUGGUUUAAGAGCAGCUAAUAUUGUCAGGGCUCUUCGAUCAUUCCAAAAUAAAGAGUCUAUCGUUGGGAAACUCUUCGCGAAGCACAUCAAGCUAGACGAAGCCAAGCAAUUCCUUCAGCGAGCACAAAUGGGUAUCGGUGUCGGCACACCAACUCGCAUUUCUGAUUUGAUCGAGUCCGGUGAUCUCAAAUUGAAUGAACUUCAACGUGUUGUGAUCGACGGAUCCCAUAUCGACCAAAAGCAGCGAGGAAUCUUUGAUAUGAAAGAUACACAUUUCCCCCUCCUGAAGCUUCUCACCCAACCCCGAUUGCGUGAGCGCUCUGAUUCAAAGGACAAGAAAUUACAGAUAUUGGUGUUUUAG